UCGGUUGUUAUGAAGUUAACGUUACUUUAACGUCUGUUGAACCACCAUAACAAGUCUAACGAGCCAUUUUUACAUCUAAUUUGGACAAAGUCGAGAGAAAACACUGAACUGUGACAGAUAUGGAAGAAGCAGAGACCGUCCCGAUACUUUCCAGAAAAGAGCUGCGUAAGCAGAAGUUGAUGGAAUACUUGGCAGGAAAGGGAAAGCUGAAACAGCCCAACCCUAAGCCAUACCUCCGUGAUGACGUCCAGGUUAAGAGGCAUGUCACGUCUACACAAAAGGUGGUCAUGGGAAAAGAGAACACAGCUCCAGCGGACAGAUUCAGAUAUGAAGGCACAAAAAGUCAAACUUUGGCUGCUCAAUCCACAAAACAGCCUGCCAGGGAACCAUUUGGUGUUACUAACAAAGUGAAUAUAAAAGCCAACAUCCCAACCGGGCGGCGAAAUACCAGUCGUACUUCUGCAACCUCUGGCCCAGCACAGCCAAAACUUAAUCAAAACCCUGUGCUGACGAGAACCUACACCGUUGUGUCGUCCAAAUCCAACUGGAAUGAAGCCACCCAUCCUAAAAAGCGGCCAGAAACAGGAAGUCUGUCUUCAAAUGCAGCUCAUACAGCUGCUACAAAAUCAAACAGCAGAUUCAGCAGGAGCUCAAAUGUUACCAGGUCAUGUCCAGUGAAGACAGCCAGUAUCAGGAUGAGUCUCGGCCCCAUGGUCAAAACAAAGACAGGGCUCAUUCCUGCAGUGACCCAGCCAAGAAACACUCAGAGUCAAAACUUAAGACACACCUCUGCCACAGCAGCUGAUGCCACCAUCGCCACAACUGCUUCUGUAGCUAAUAAGGUGCGAUCCAGCUCCUUUUCAUCAGCUUCUGUUUCCCAGCGGUCUGCCAUCGCUCAGAGAAAAACAUUACCUGCCACUGCUCUAAAUAACCCUGUUAAUGAGAGAUCAACAGCUGGAAUUAAAAUUCAACAACAGAACAAGUUAAACUCAAAACCACUUUUGGGCAAACAAUCUCAGCCAUCUUGCAAGAGUCAACUAUCAUUUGGACUGAAAUCGGUGUCCACCUCCUCCAAAUGCACAGCAGCACCUAUUAAGCCAAAGGGAAGAGAGGGGUUGUCAAAAACUGUGAAAUCAGCUGGCCAGCCCACAGACAGGUCCACAAAGCAGAGAUUCGAGAGUGGAGGGCAGAAAAAUGGCCAAUCACGCAAAGUCGCUGCUCAGACAUCCUCAGGGCCAACGAGCAGGUGCAGCUCCAGAGCAGUCAGUGGGGUUAGGCGUGCUGCAGUGGCUGAGCUGGGAGGGAAAACCAUGACAUGUAAAGAGGCCGAUGGCAAGAAGGGUUCAGCGAAUGCCCCUCCACCAAAACGAACAGGCGCUCCAGUUAUGUCCCAGACAGUGCCACGGCCUGCACGGACCAUCAGCCACACCAGUCAGGGCACAGACACAAAGACGCCAAAGGUCCCUGUCAGGGUCCUUCCCCAGACUGAGGGAAAGAAGGUGACCGCUGCCCAGGAGGAAAGAAUGAGAAAGCUACGCGAAUGGCGGGAAGCCAAGGGCAUUUCCUACAAACGUCCUCCAAUGCCGGUGAAGCCUCAGGUCAGGCGCACUGUGGCUGUGCCCCAGCCUUUCUGGGCAACCAUGAAUGAGGAAGACGAAGCCCACUCCCUCAUCUGUGCCGUGGACCGAUCCCUGGCUGACUGCAUCAAAUUGCUUGGAGAGGGUUGCCCUCCAGACCAGGUGAGGGAGGUUCUCACACGACUGCCAGCAGUGUCCCAGAAGUUUGCCAAAUACUGGAUCUGUCAGGCCCGCCUGAUGGAACAAGAAGGCAACCUGGAUGUCCUGCCCAUGUUUGAAGAGGCUGUUGGUCUUGUGUUGGAGCCAGUGGAUGAGCUGCGGACUGUGGUGUUUGAGAUUCUGAAGAAAAAGGAUGAGAUCCAAGCGUCCGCAGAAAAUGAGAAAGAGGAGGACCAAAUUCCAACAGGUGAAAGCACUCCCGAAAGUAUCAACAACCCGAUGAUGACCCCCAAACCUGUGAGAGCUCUCAUCUGGGGAGAGAAAGGAGACUCAUCUGUAGUCAAGUACAAGAUCACAGCAACUCCUGGUGGACCACCGCCAAGCCAACAGAAGGACCCAGCGCGAGUCAAUGGCCACGAGGUUCGCUUUUUCACUCCAGUUAGACGCUCAGUCCGAAUCGAGAGAUCCUCUCUCCGAUAUCCCGCGUCCCUCCAGGAUCACGAUCAAUGCGUAGCCUCCUACAAUGACCUGAUCUCUGAGGAGGAUACUGAGAGAAGUGAGGAGCAGACGAGCAGGGAAACCAGCCCAUCCGCUAACAAUACGCCUAUGUACAUCUACAGACAGAACGAAGCACUUAAUGACAAAGUGUUCGUUCAGCUAGUCUAUGAUGAAGGCGUUUAGCUGUAUGUGCUCACUUCAUCUACACCAGUUUGCAGACUGUGUUCAGCAUUUAUCACUGUUCAUGGCAGGGUCAAAAAGUCAAAUGUAUGUACAUAUUUUUGUGUAGUUGUAUUUCACCCUUUCCCUGAACCCCAGUGAGUUUUAGCCUUGUAAAGCUAGAACCUCACAUUUUAGACAAUAAGCUGUUUUUUUACAGUCAGAUAUUUCUGACACUUGCUUAUCAUUUUGCCCCUGUAUUAUUUUAGCCCAUUAAAUAAUGUGGUGUACAUAGUAAUGUAAAAUAAAUGGCUGUGUUUUUUUGAACUCAUGGAUGUAUUUUGUGCUUUAUUCAUUUUUAUCUAGCACGUGGACUCUCCUAUCAAACAGACACCUGUACUCCUGAAACCACAGCCAAAAUUAGUUUACUAUUGUGUGUGCUGGACAAAGUUCCAUGUCUGAGUUGUUGUUCAGAUAUGAUUUGUCACAUUUGCCUUUUAUCUAAAGCAUCCAUGCAAAACAGCAUUUAUGACAAAACGAAACUUGGUUGCACGAGUUUUACCACACCUUCAAAUGACAAGCAGUGAGCCAGUUCAUUGGAACCAGGACUGAAAGUCACCAUCAUUUUAACAUGUGAUUAUGCAGGUGUGGUGUGUCUGCCUCAGAUAUUCUGGAAGUUUGUUCCACAGGCGGGGAGCAUAGAAACUAAAGGCUGCUUCACCUUGUUUGGUUUGAUCUGAGGGGUCUGGAUGCUUCAUAAAGUUGGAUGCUUCAGAAAGUUCCUGCUUAUUGUGACAACCCUCCCUGCCCUGCCUGCCUUGUUGUGUUCUCCCUUGCAGGUAGCAGUGGGCGUGGCUGCGGGUAAUCAGGGAAGUGGCAGCACCUGAGUUCAGUGAGCUUUUAAAAGCUCUGGCUGCUCACUGCUCGUUCUCUUCUCCUUACUGAGGCAGCAUUUGGUUUUGGGUUUGGUUUUAUCUUUGUUUCUGCACUCUACAACAUCAUACACAUACAUUGUUUCACUCAUGCCCUCACCUACACCACUGACUUUACUGAUUGCAAACACCAUGUUUAGUUAGGUUCUUUUUCUUAUGUUUAUUCUUUAGCAAAUAAAAAUCCUUUAAUUGGCUUUCCUUGUGUAUGUGUCUCCCUUUUUGUCAUGGCCGUGCGGCCCGGUUCGUGACAUUAUCUAACUCCUGAUAUGCUCAAGGCAGGUGAUGGAGAGGUGGGAGGAAGUGCAGUGGAGGCUUUGGAUGAGAUGUAGACCUGUGUGUUAUCUGCGCAGCAAUGGAAAUGAACACCAUGGUGAUGGAGAAUUGUGCCUAGGGGAACUUCAGCAUUCUGAGUAAUACAAUUUUUACGUAGCACAGAUAGUACAUAGUACUUAUAUCAUUCUACAGGUGUUCAAGUGCAGUAAGAUGUACCUGAGAUUCAAAGUUGCGAGGAAAAAGAAAGGAAAUGAGAUACCAAUAAUAAUGAUAUAUAAAUAAAUAAAUGUGUGAAUGUGUACAUACAAACAUACCUAUCUGACUACAUGUACACUCAUAAGUAAAAUACAGUAAACUUUUAAAUAUGAAAGUGGGAUGGGA